UCAUGUGAGAGCAGGGGUGGUUUGUGUAGGCCCGUCUUCUCGCACCAGGAACACUGUGACCGAAGCAGGAGGAGAAAAUCGACAAAAUGCCCCGUGUGUACAUCGGCAGGCUGAGUUACCAUGUCCGCGAGAAGGACAUCCAGAGGUUUUUCAGCGGUUAUGGAAAGCUUUUAGAAAUCGACCUGAAAAAUGGAUAUGGAUUCGUUGAGUUCGAGGACACGCGCGAUGCAGACGACGCUGUGUAUGAGCUGAACGGGAAGGAGCUAUGCGGAGAGCGUGUCAUCGUGGAGCAUGCCAGAGGACCACGGAGGGACCGAGAUGGAUACGGUGGGGGUUAUGGGGGUGGUGGGCGCAGUAGUAGUGGUUACAGCAGCAGAAGCCGUACAGGAAGGGACAAGUACGGGCCACCCGUCCGCACAGAAUACCGUCUCAUUGUGGAGAACCUGUCCAGUCGCUGUAGCUGGCAGGACCUCAAGGACUUCAUGCGCCAAGCUGGGGAAGUGACGUAUGCUGACGCCCACAAGGAACGUACCAACGAGGGUGUCAUCGAGUUCCGUUCCUACUCUGACAUGAGGAGAGCCCUGGAUGAACUGGACGGUGCGGACAUCAAUGGCAGGAAGAUUCGCCUUGUGGAAGACAAGCCACGUCGCCGCCGCUCUUACUCCGGCAGCCGAUCCAGGUCUCGUAGCAGACGACGCUCUCGCAGCAGGAGCCGCAGGAGAAGCAGGAGCAGUCGUUCCCGCAGCAACUCCAGGUCCCGCUCGCGGUCCCGUUCUCGUAGUAAGCGACGCUCCAGGUCUGGACGCAAGUCCCGUUCCAGAUCUGGACGGAGGUCCCACUCCAAGUCUCCGACUCGCAAGUCCCGCUCUCGUUCGCGCACGCGGAAGUCCCGUUCCCGAUCCCGCACGCGGAAGUCUCGCAGCCGCUCUGCCAGCCGCAAGUCCCGGUCGCGCUCGGCCACCCGCAAGUCCCGCUCCAAGAGUCGCUCGAAAGCCAAGUCAGAUCGUGACUCCCGCAGCCGCUCUAAGGAGAAGUCUGCCAGCAAGAAGUCCCACAGUCGCUCCCCCUCCCCUAUGGAGAACGGGAAGGGCGAGCGUGCCAAGUCUGCUUCCCGGUCUCCCUCACCCCAGGAUGAUGGUCGUCAUUCAAAGUCCCCAGCCAAACGCUCUCCCUCCCGCUCUGCAUCACGCUCAAAAUCUCGCUCUAAAUCCCGCUCCCGCUCCAGAUCAGCUUCCCGGGAUUAGGCGUCCAUGCUACUCACCCUGUCUUGCAGGGUAAUUCCGUUCGAUAAGAAGUGGUUUGAAAUCAGGUUCUGACCAAUUGCAGCUCCUGUGUGUCAAGAUUUGGUCAGUCUUAAUUUAGUCGUUGCUCAAAGCACUUGGUACUGAAGCUGUGCUUUCUAAUGAAUAUUGGAACAUCUUAAAUGUUAUGAACUUUGCAUGAGAAGACCAGGCUAUGUUGGUCUGUGGGUUGCUGAAAAUUGCUCAUACACAAGGAACUAUGGAUUCGAUUUUUGUAUAUUUUCUGAGAUUCCUUACAUUUUCAUAUUGAUGAUGCCUGGCUUGCUGGUUGGCUUUUCUGUUUUCCUUAGUUUACUGUGGGUUAUACCCUGGCUGAUAGCUCUUGGGUUCCUUUCUUUGGUGACACCAGUAGUGAUGCGGGGUUUCACAGGCCCCCACAGUAAGGCAUUUUAUAGCACAGGGUCCACCUUCAUUGUUGAAAACCUCAUCCAAGUACACCAAUACAUGUUGGCUAAAUAUGUAGGCUUCAAUCUAAACAUGUGUUGGUUUUAAUGUGGUAAUAUCUAGUAUUUGCCCUUUGGAACCAUAUUAAAAUUGCUCAAAUCUUUAUUUCGGUUUUGCUUUUUUCAGAUAAAGUGCAUCAUGAAAUAAGAUUCCUGUGGUUGCUGGUGUCUGUUGCAGAUGCCUUUUUUUGAAAAGAACCAUAAUUGUUUUGUGUACAGUAGGAAUUUUUUUUUUAAUCCUGUUAGAUCUGACAUCUCAAGCUGGUGGCGCUCUUUUUGAUUGCCCGAAGGCAGCGUGUGUUUAAAAAAAAAAAAAAAUGUAGGCCAGCAUUGAGUUGUAGUCAGUUGUUAUUGGGGCUUGCUCCUGUGUAUGUGGAAUCACUUUAUUGCCAAAGUGUAAAACCAUGGAAAAGCAUGUCAACUUUUCAUUGUACUAUCAUGAGAAAUUUGUAGAUUAUUCCUUUUGCCAGGCGGGACACAGUGAGUGAUAAUUAGAUUUUAAAGUAAAUGUCCUCCUUUUGCUUUAAUUUGUAAUGGUUUUUUUUU